ACACCCCGCACGAUCGCAGCGCCACUGGAACCAAAACUCACCUGAUUUGACCGAUUUGACAUUCCUAGCAAUACACGAAGCAAGCCUAAUUUCGGCAUUUUCGGCUAAAACUUCGUCAUGCAACGAUUUACAUACUGAUAGAUUGCAAUCUCACGACUCUGAAUUAUAAUUCCAGCUGAUAAUUUUCUCUAAUUUCUUUGAAGAACCGGCCAAAGUGGGCUGUAAACAUUCUGAUUUCAAAAUUCUGAAAUGGAAGACGUUGACAAAAUCAUCAUUCACUCCCUCCGUCAAGUCGGAUGUGAGCUGGACGAAGACAUCCGCAGUAUCGGCCAGUUCAGCACCGAAUUGGUGGUGGAAGCAACGGCCCGGUGCCUCAAGAGCAUCAACCCUGAGGUUGACGCACCCUUAAGUAUGCCACCCUCGAUGUCGGUCCGCUUCAGAAUCGGAGCCACCCUUGCCCAAGCGUGUCAGGAUCUUGGAUACAAGGGAGAGAUUGGUUACCAAACAUUCCUCUACUCGACAGAAGCAGAUAUUCGCAAAGUCUUCAUGUUUCUUAUGGAACUGCUGCCCAAAGAGUCUGAAAAACUGCCUGUUGUGCCUUUAGAUAAAAAUUAUCUGCAAAGGCAAAAGGUAGUCUAUACUCUGAAGCAGCAGAUCUCAAAACCGUGGCUGCCUGUUAAGUGCCGCCGGAAGGGGAUAAUUUCCACUCCCAGUGGCCCUUUCGUCGACCCACUGACCUUGACCUCAAGUCAGUUCUCGAGUGUCCCGUUGGACCCAGUUUGGCCCAUCACUGGGCAGCUACCAGACAUGAGACAGCUUAUGCCUUCUCUCAUUGUUCUCAACGAGAGUUGCCUGACUUCAGCAGAGGCACUAGUUCUGACCAGGGUCAAAGACUGGAACUCGGUCUUUACCCUUGAAAAACCUGCAUUGCCCCCGAAACCCAAAUUCGACAAAGUGGAUGUGGCCAUCAAGAAGGAGGUGGAAGAGAAACUUGAAGAAGUGCCCUUAAAAAAUGAAGAGAUGAUCAUCGAAGAAUUGCAGGAGGAAGUUUCUGAAUUAAUGGCACAGAUCGAAAGUGCUCAGAGCGAUUUAAUUUUGAACAAGUCAAAAAUAUUAGAGAUCUCCAAUCAAUCAAAAUCACUUGAGGAAGAAGUCAAGUGUAGAGAUGAAAAGCUGAUGAGGGAAAGGAAGGUUGCAAAACUUCUGCCUGAAGCUGAAGAAAAUAUGCAGAAGUUGGACGAUUUAAUAAAAGAGGAGGUCAAAAAGUUGCUCUCCCUGGCUUCAAAGUGGGACAAACAUCGCGCGCCUUUGAUCGAGCAGUAUAGAGACCUGAGACAAAACUCCCAUCAUUUAACGGAAGCUCAAAUGCAGGCAGAAAUAGCAAGAGGUGUCGAGGAGAAGUUGAAGGAGCUGGCCAUUGAGGUAAAAGACAAGGAGCAACUGCAGGGUAGACUCAAAAUCGAGUAUGAAAAGAUGAACAAAGACAUUUCUAGAUCAUCGUACACUCGGAGAAUUUUUGAAAUUAUCGGCAACAUCAAGAAACAAAAAGAAGACAUAGAUAAAAUUCUGGCGGACACUAGGAUGGUCCAAAAAGACAUAAACCAACUAUCAGGUCGGCUGGACAGGUCAUUUGCUGUCACUGACGAAAUGAUUUUUAAGGAUGCCAAGCGAGAAGAGACGUCAAGGAAUGCCUACAAGUUGCUGGCCACGCUGCACAAUGAUUGUUCCAAAAUUGUAAAAUUUGUUGAAGAAACUGGAUCGAUUCUUAGGGAAAUCAGAGAUUUGGAGGAUCAGAUCGAGACUGAAACUUCAAAAAAUAUUUCCGCCAACUUGGAGAGGAUUACGGCAGAUUUGGUGCAAAUGCGAAAGGAGAGCGCUGCUCUCUCUGCCCAAUUGAAGUCAUUUUCGUCGUAAAAACUUUGCCUAAAACUAAAAAGGCAGUUUCGUGAUAAUCAAGAAAUUGAAUCAGUUCAACGCAUUUCUAAUACAUAAAUUUUCUAUUAGUUUAA